AUGUCUGUGAAGAAUGGGUAUAUUGUCCCUAAUGCUCCCCCUAUAGAUCCAGAUGCUAAGAAGGAGUAUGUAAACAAUGCUAAGGCCAAGCAUGCUAUUCUCAGUGGAUUGUCUGAUACUGAGUUUGUUAAGGUUAUGCACUGCUCAUCCUCCAAGGAAGCUUUGGAUAAGUUGAAGAUAUUAUUUGAAGGAGAUGUCAAGGUCAAGGAGGCUAAAUUGCAAACACUGAGAGCUCAUCUUGAAGGCUUGAAAAUGAAAGACGAAGAAAAGAUUGUUGACUAUCUUCAAAGAGUUGAUGAAAUGGUAAUACUAUUAGAGGACUUGGAGAGGAUAUAUCUAAUGAAUUUAUUGUCAAAAAGAACAGCCUUGGAUAUAAGCAAUAUCGAACCACUGAACAUUAACACAGAGAAAGGAUUCUGUAAUAUUUACCCCAAGCUUUAUACCGGGGCUUUAGACUAUACGGACAUAUGGCUCAAAAAAGGGUCAGAUAUGAACGUUCUAAGUAACAUGAACCCUAGCAAUAGGCCCGAAUCAGAGAACAACAUCAUCCAACUUGAGGAAAAGAUACCGGCUUCUCAAAAUCAACAGCAUUCAACACGGCUAAAUGAUAAGGAAAAUGUUGUCAAGGAAAUAGAGAACCUUAAAGAAUUAAUUAAAGAUACAGAGCUGCUCAAAGCGGAAGCAGAAUUAGCUUUAGGCAAUAUAGUCACCACACAAGAUGAAGAAGUUACAUCAGAUCUGAGGUCACCUAAGGUAGAUUUAAUCCAGAACCCUUCUUAUGAAGAGGAGAUGGGCACUGAACCUCUUUUAAAUGCAGCUAUGGAAGUUUUCGAUAAUAAUAUUGUGCAAGAUCUUACACCAGAAGAGGAAGAGGAACGCUGCUUCUUACUCAAGGAACUAAUGUCGUCUAUGGAGGAUGAAGACAUUAGAGAAGUUAGGAGAGAAAUAGGUUACCUUGAAAUCAAUAAUCAUAGGGUGGACCCACUAAGCUCUCCUAUACCAGUCAGGACUGGUUCUGGAAUAGAAACUCAGGAUGUACUAGGGAUUAAGAAUUUCUAUUCAGGGAAAACUCAACCUGAUUGUGCCAAGCUUGUCAAAUCUCGAGGAAGGAAAUCCCUAGGAGAGUUAAGAUCCCAGGUGGGGAAUGCAAAGGAUCAAGGCAAACUAACUGCCUUUUUUGAAAAUGGGAAGGGGAAGAGCCUUCCCGUGACACAAUGA